CAGUCACAAUUUGUUCGACUUCUGAGGAGGAUAAUCGCGCUCCUCCGAAGUACCAAACGUACGUACACACGUCGUGCGCAUAUUACAAUAGGGGAAACGUUGCUUUCUCUUCGUGAAACAUAAGAUCUUAGUUAAUUCCUUCUAGCCAAAGUUAUACGUGUCGUACGCGGCGUUAUACCCGCGGCCAGUGACAGGGGUGGCCCUGCGCGUUACCAAAAUGCGAAUCUCGCGUGUGCUCUUCGCCGCGGCGUUUCUCAUCACUAUCACCCAGGUGAAAUGCAAGCGGAAGUUCGACGGUGACUUCGAAUUUGCUGAAGAGGACGACACCCGCAUUACGAAGCCUGGCGAUAAGAAGAGAUGGAUACACGACCCGAACAGUGAACUGUGUCGUCCACUUAAUUGCAAGAAGAAGGAACUUUGCCUGCUCGAGGAUACCUUCACGGCAGUUUGCGUCUCGAAGAAGGAGCUGCACAAGUCAGGGGACGUGGUUAUACCAAAAUCUCGAGCUGUUCAGCAACGACGUAUGAGAACGGAGACAUCGGUGGACGCCGAGGACGACGAUGCUUUCUUCGACUCCGAGGACGACGACGAGGAUCAGGACGAGUCAAAGUGUCAGGAAUGCCCCGUGGUGAAGCCGACAUUCCUUUGCGGCGCCGACAACCGAACGUACAGCUCACCCUGCCGUUUGGAGUACCACAAUUGCAUUCAUCACACCUCAGUACACAUCGCCUGCAAAGGAUUCUGCCCAUGCAAAGCAGGAUCUGACGUCAGCGUUCUCAUGAAGAAGCUACAGCUGCAUCGUCAGAAGUCCCUGAUGGGAAGGUCCAGUCGUAAUCGCGAUAUCACCCUGACUCCGCGCGACUUCAAUUACGACAAUCAUCAUUAUCAGUACUUGAAGUACACGAAGCGCGCCAAGGCACUGGCUUCCGGUAACGGCUACGAUGACAACAAGCAUCUGAUGAACAACGAAGUUUCGGAGAAGACGUCGUCUACAGGUCGUUCCACUUACAAUUCUCAAUCGACGACGAGGAAUGCCGAGUGUCCCCCGUCAUCGAAACCCGCAAUGGCGAAUCGACUUUUGGAUUGGUUCUCGGUCGUAAUGGCGGACGCGAAACAUCGACGUCAACAUUCCAAGUCAAAAGGUCACUUCCCUGCCGGAUGUCAAAGUGAGGUUAAGUGGAUGUUUGGACAUCUCGACACCGAUGCCGAUGGUCGUAUCUCACUUUCUGAACUCUACGGACUGGAACACGAUCAGAACGAACCAUGCCUCAAGCCAUUCCUAGACGCCUGCGAUACCGACGGUGACAUCUUUGUGAGCGGACCAGAGUGGUGCGGAUGCUUCUCCAAAGCUGAAAGACCAUGCGCCGCUGUCCGUAGACGGUCUUCGCCGGAAGUAGCUCCAGCCUGCGAUUCUCAUGGUUAUUAUCGAAGUACCCAGUGCCAUCGAGGUCUUGGUCUAUGCUGGUGCGCCGAUCCUCACGGUGUUGAGUUCGCCGGUACCAGAACUCGUGGUACCAAACCCGAUUGCGACGCAAUAGUCAAGAAGAUAACUAGCGGUGGCCUCAAGACGAACAGCGUGGAUCUGGAUGACGACGAUGAGGACGGGGGUACGGAUUCGGCGCAGGAUCUUGAAGGAUCAGCUGAUCAACCUCUGGACUUCUAGGUCUCUUAAAAAGAAACACCUCGCUAAGCAAGUACAGCUAUGGACAGCAUCCUUUUCGAGAGAUACUGUAAAAGGAGUGUUUCAUCGUCUGCUGGCCUCGUGCGUGGUCGUUGUGAUUGGAGGUGUCUCACAAGAUCUAACUAAAGUUUCCUUGACGAUGGUAUCGCUAUACGUUGGAUCCUAUAUAGGUACACAGUCACUGAGUACCGUGAAGAAGAUAGGGGAGUGAUAAACUUGUUUAUCCUUUUUUUUUCCCCCCCAAUAAUUAAGAAGAAUGAGAAUGUCCAUUGUUGCGCCGGUAAAGAAAGUUAAUACUGUGGAAGCUCUUCAGCUUGUUUCCUGUCGAUGUAAAAUCCUGCUCAUUAAUCGGAUAAUCUAUAAGGCGAUCGAUCGGCUUGUCCAGAACUUGACUGUAAUACGUAGUAACUAAAGAGAUGUCCAUGAAAAAGUUACUCCAUAAAAUAGAAGAGUGUCUGAUACCGAGAGAGGCGACGCGUCCUACUCUCUACGUAUAUAUAUAUAUAACCAUUUUAAACUGAGGUACCUCCAAGCGCAACUCACUUAUAAAUAAUAUAAUUACAAACUAGUUAUGCAUAUAAAGAGGAGAAAAAAGGACGAAGAGGAUGGAAUAGUUAACGUAGAGAGAACACUCACUACUGCAUCGGCAAAGUAUGGCGAACACUCCACGACACAUACAAAUUAAUACCUAGUAUAAAGAAUACUCUAUAUAAUUUCUAACCAUUUAGACUUACUGAUAUAUCUAAGCGUAAUACUGUCUAUGACUUAUGAUAAUACCAGCCGUAUACAUUGAGGAUGGCUGCGAGAGAAAAUUGGGAUGUCGCAAGGUUGAGGAACGAUAAGAGUCUACGAGGGAUGAAGACCUUCUAAGAUAGCCUAAGGGGGGGAAUUUCGCAAUUUAUGUGUAGUUACGUUUAGAUAGUUUAUUGUUACGUGUUACGUUAGUUUUAAUAGACCGUACUUAAUCGACGGUUCGUUGUCAAUAUGAAAAAAAUUGAAACACCAGGUACAUUCUCAUUAUUGAUAUUAUUUAUUGGAUCGUGAAGCAGGGUCUCGCGCUUAAUAGUAUCUCAUUUCUCUCGCAGCCAUCUUAAUCCUAUGAAAUUAGUGUAAGAUACACCGCAUAAAGAUGAAUGACCUACUUCGUGUUCACCGGUACCGAUGCCGCAGUCAAAUCUCAAUGCCACUGCCCCCCCCCCCCC